CCUCCGGGGCAGGUGUAAUGUGCUUUUUGGGGCCAUUGGGCCUCUUCAGUCUUAUGCCAAUGUUUGGGCUUAAAACAUAUUGAGAAAGCCCGGUAUGAUCGGGAUCAGCCACCAUCCAAACGACGUCGUGGCUAGAAUUAGUAUCACAGUCCAAACUCGACAGUUGACGUGGCAGCUUAGAUUCCCGCCACCGCGGCUCUCUAGAAGCAGCGAGCACAAUCCAGAUGGCCAUGGGCUUCACGCCUUCGCCCAACUCAGGAGCGCUCUCACUACUUCCUCUCUUCCUCUUUGUUCAUUUGCAGAAUUGCAGGGAAUUGAAAGGAACAACUACCCCUUAAUAAGACAGAUCGAGUGAUCGACAUGGCUGGCGGCGCGGGGAAGGUGGCACACGCUGCUUACAAGGGACCAAGCAUAGUCAAAGAGAUCAUCUACGGCAUCUCCUUAGGGCUGGCUGCUGGAGGGCUGUGGAAGAUGCACCACUGGAAUAACCAGAGGCGGACCAGGGAGUUCUACGAUCUCCUGGAGAAAGGUGUGAUCAGCGUUGUUGUCGAAGAUGAAUGAGUAGGCUGGCUAGAUGGUUGAUAGUCUUAUUAGUUAUUAGGGGUCCCGUUUGCAAGCCCAAUAAAUGGAUGUUGUGUUGGUUUGGAUUUGGUGCUUCGUUUGUUAGUUUUUGUACUUUGCAAGCUUAUUAAUGGCUGAAGAUGCGUGUAUUAGAGCAGAUUGAUGAACCCUGCUGUGCAGAGCUGGAGAACCAAGGCAGAGGGAAGACGAAGGUUGAAGAAGAGUAAUACGCAGCCGUUUGUUCAAUCCGAUGCCGUUUCCAUUGUCUCCGUUACUAGCUAGCCGUUAAGUGUUGGACGGUUGUUUGUUGCCACGUGUUAGGCACAGUAAUAUUUAAAUUACAGUUUUAAACUUCAUUUCCGUUUUUACUGUAGUUGAUUUCUGUUGGUAUAAAAGGAAACAGAGAAG